ACAACGAAGAAGAAAUGGGUGCGCUCGGUUUGUGUUUCAGCAUCUGCCGGAUGAGCUUACAGCACUUGUAUGCUGCAGUUGCCAUGACCACUUUCAUACCAGAUGAAAUAAAAGCUUUAAAGCAAAUGUUUAAAGGGCGAUAGCCGCCUUUGCUGCUCUGUGGGAUCGACCUGAUAAAGGACUUUUAACGGGAUAAAAAUCGGGGUUUUGCAGACGGAAGAAGAACCCGCGGAGAAUCGUUUCCUAUCAAAAUGGCCACCCCCUAUGUGACAGAUGAAUCUGGAAAAUACAUAGCUGCAACUCAGCGCCCCGAUGGGACGUGGAGGAAGCCGAGGAGGGUGAAGGAUGGUUACGUUCCUCAGGAGGAGGUCCCCGUGUAUGAAAACAAAUAUGUGAAGUUUUUUAAGAGCAAACCUGACCUGCCCCCCGGCCUGAACCCGUCGGAAGCGGCUCCACCGAAGCAGCAGCAAAAGAUCCCGGGCUGCGGCGACAGCGAGACGGCCGGCCUGUCAAAGUCGGCCAAGCGCAACAUGAAGCGGAAGGAGAAGCGGAAACAGCAGCAGCACCAGGAGCUGGACGGCGACACAGAAGUGGAUUUGGUGAGCGGCGCCGUUGAGAACGUGUCCAUCUCAGAGAGGGAAGAGUCGGCGAGUAAAACACAGAGCGCCGCGGCGACCGAUGAGUCGCCGGCAGCGGAGGCUGAAAAGGCCAAGAAGAUAAAGAACCUGAAAAAGAAGCUGCGGCAGGUGGAGGAGCUGCAGCAGAAGGUGGACUCUGGGGAAAUAAAGCAGCCGACCAAGGAUCAGCUGGAAAAGCUGGGUCGGGCCGAGGCUCUACGGGAAGAGCUGGAGCAGCUGGAGCGGGAUUCCUGAACCGGAGCGGGAUUCCUGAACCGGAGCGGCUCCGGCGGACUGGACCUGUAAACGAGAAACAGGAAGGGACGUUCAUCAUGAAUGGUGGUGGUACACAGCUCUAAGGGACGCUGCAGACAUCACAUCUGCUUUUAGUUUUAGUUUCUCUCCUGUAAACUGAUGUACUUCCUAACUUUGAACAGAUCAUGAUUUUUCUUUUUUGUGCUUCUUUGUUUUUUUUUCGUUUUGUACUUUUUAUGCCGUCUGAACCCACAGGAUAAAAAAAAAAAAAAUUCCCUUUUUUCCUUUGGACAUUAGUUGUGUUUAAACAUCCUUUCAUUGUCGCUCUGAUGUCACGUCGCCACAGUAGAAAAAAACUUCCUGCCUUUUGUGUUUUUGUCUUUUAUUUUCAGGUUUUAUUUCCUACAGUAGGUAACCUGGACGCUCCUGCAGCCUGCAGGGCGGAGACACUGGAAAAGGCGCGUUUUUGUUCUUCAUGUUAAUAAAUCCAACGAUUGAAAUAAAAAAAUUUGAACAUCUCCCACCAACUAGUAUUACACAUGUAGCUGAAGACAUAUUUGCUGAGUUGGAAUUCAGCGGCUGCGUCCCCUGAAGGCCGUCGGUCGUUGGCGUCAUAGCACGGCGCCGCGGUCUAUCAGAUUGAAAGACUCCUCGCUAUGCGGCGAACAAAUGCAUCCUUCUUUUUGCCCGUUUUGAGGGACGCUGUAGCCUCAUUGCGAGUCCAAGCAAGCCGGCUGCUCCGUGCUCAGAGGGAAAAAGGCAAAUGGUGUCAAACGGUGAAUCUUGGAAGUGCAGUUUAAUAUAAUCCAAGUAUGUGAAUAGUUUAAUCUGGGAUGGACUCAGUAACCAUUUAAACAUCUUGUUUUAAUGGUUAUUGAGUCCGAUAAUGUGGCGGUAAUGUUUGGUUUUUUUAAAUGUUUUUAUCUGUCCCUGUAUAAAAUGUGUUUGGCUGAUAUUUAAGCUCAGAUUCCAACAUCUCUGCAGGGUGGGGACUAUAAAUCUGAUAUCUAGGAUGACCGUACUGCUGCUGAAGCUCCUCAGAAAAGUUAUCAGCUCCCAGGAGAGUAGGGGAAAGUUUAGGAUCCAUUCUUUUCCUGCUCUGUAUGUCACGGUUGCUACGCGACAGAGCGUCCAGGUGGUGUAAGCCGAGGAAAGUUGAAUCCAUGCCUAAAACUCUUGUGGACUCCUUUUUUUCAUGGACACACCCAUUUUUUUCUUUCAUGGAGCUCAAUUGUUGGUCAAAACAGAAUAAAAACACUUGUUAGAAUAAAGUUGAUCUUUUU